AAUGGCACGAUCGUGCAUGCUUAUAAACGGCGCAGCGUAUUUAUCGAGCGCUACGAAGACUUUGAGGAGACGCUGCCUCUGAAUUUGCGUCGCUCAGUGCUGAAGCUGCUGUCGAGGGGCCCGACCUCUAACUCCCGCACAGCAUUCGCCGACAAGAGGCAAAGGGUAUUGUGA